AUGAAAAAGUCAUCUCACCAUUCCCAUCACAGCACAGAUCGUACACCUAAAGCUCAUAGAGUCGAUACCAACUCAUCUCAUGGAGAUGGUCAUAUAUCAGAUUCGUCUACUACAACACUUUUGGGUGCCGGGAGCAAGAAGCAGAAUCUGAGUGGAAGACAUAAGGAAAAGUAUUUGCCUACGAGAGGGUCAGAAAACCGGAAGCAAGAGACUAGUAGUUCUAGAAGGCAAGAGGAGAAACCCCCAACCUCCAAUCAUCCCUACCGUCAAAUUAUUACCACCGACCAAAAAGCCCAUGAAGAAAAACAAAAGCCCUCCAAAAGCACAAGAUGUCCCACCGAUCCUGUUGCGCGAGUCCGGUACAAGUACUACCAGAUUGAAAUAGAAAGGAAACUAGGGAAAGCCAAGAGAGAAUUGCAGUUAGAAGAAAGAUACGAUUGGAGGGCCGCCGAUUCAUGUGUACCCUAUAUUCGAUAUAUCCGGGACCUUGAAGAGCUGGCUCAGGAGAUCAAGAAUAUCAAGGAACAGCGUUUGGCACCAGGGAAGGCCAAGAAAGCGUUAGACGAGCUUUUGGAGAUCAGAGGUCAUCUGCUUGAAUAG